AUGCCACCCGCAAGUGUACAGCUCUGGAAGUGUCCCGACGCAGUAAGGGAUGUAAUCAGCGAGCUGCCUGAUGAUAUUCUGUAUUCAAUUAUCAAGUGUUUGACACUGAGGGAUGCUGUCAACACAAGCGUAUUAUCACACAGAUGGAAGGAUGUCUACUUAUGCCUGUCUACUGUCCAAUUCGACUGGGGUAACAUGUUCCCAAGGUCUAAAAAUUCUAUGUCUUGCAGAGAGUGCAACGAGAAAUUUGUCAGAGGAGUUAAUCAGUUCAUAGACUCAUACCGGGGUUCACGAAUAGAUUCUUUCAGUGUAUCAUUCUGUCUUGGAGAUCACUUCACUAAGGAUAUUGAUCAGUGGAUCAGUUUUGGCUGUAGAAUGCGAGCCAAAACGAUAAAAAUUCACCUGUACUGUCAACAUGACUGUGCUAAGCCUAGUGGUCAUGAUAUGUACGGUGAACGAACUAAGGGGAAGUAUGUUCUUUGUAGGAAGUUUUCUGGGAGUAGAAAUACCAGUUUAAAGCAUCUGGAACUGAAAGGAUGCAUUUUAGGACCAAAAACUGCAGACCAAUUUAGCUGUUUAGAGACACUCAAGUUUAUUUGUUCACAUUUGGCCUUUUGUAAAAUGGAUGGUUUGGUCAACCUGAAAGAUUUGUCACUCGUUUAUUCUAAACUUCCUGCAAAAUUAUGCCUAGGAUCUUUGGUUCAUCUUGAAAGUCUUCUUCUUGCCGAUUGCGCUGGGAUAGAGGAAGUUCAGCUGUCCAAUAAUGUGAAUCUCCACAGUGUUAUAUAUGGCUGUACUCAAGAUGUGAAAUUUGAUUUUUCCGGAGCUCCUAACUUGGAGAGAUUUUAUCAUGGUGGUAAAGGCAGAAGAGAUCAGCUGCACUAUAUUUUCAAUCAUCUUCAAAAAUAUGCUCCUGCGCUGAGGACUUUUUCUAUUAAUACCACAUUUGAUUCAGUUCGACGUAUCCCAGAAAGCAUUAUCUCCUUCAAACAAGUUACAGAAUUAAAUCUGAUGUUCUGUUCCGAUACGGAGUUGGAUUUCUUGAAACUUAUUUCUAUUUUUCGAGGAUUUCCCAGUCUGCGUAAUCUUAAUAUAGUGAGGCUUUAUUCGGAAGAAUCAGACCAAGGCAAUUUUGUGCCUGAUGGAGGUGUGGAUGAGCAUGCAAAGGAAGGUGAAAGUGGUGGAGUUCAUGGCACAUCGAAUCAGAUUGAGUUCGAUAAUUAUUUGUUAAAACGUGCUAUUUUCGCUGAGCAGAUGUUUCUCAAGCCAGGAGAACGAAUUUAUGUUGCAAGCAGAAAAUCACUGCAGGAAGGAAAAUGCGGAAAGGCUUCUUUCUUGUCAACAAUGCAGCAGCCAUCUAAGUUACUAAAGAACGACUUCAGCUGCCAAUUAAGGGAUGUAAUAAGCAAGCUGCCAGAUGAGGUUAUGUAUCUAAUUAUCAAGCAUCUGGCACUAAGGGAUGCUGCAAAAGCAAGUGUAUUAUUACAUAGAUGGAAGGGUGUCUACUGUUACCUGAAAGACCUCAAAUUUGGUUGGUUCAACAUGUUUCAGGAUGCUGGAAACUCUGAUUUUUGGGAAAUUUGUGAAAGUCCUUGUAGAGAGUACAGGGACAAGUUUGUUAGAGCUGUUAAUCAGUUCCUAAAUUUUUAUCAUGGCACCAAAGUUCGCAAAUUCAGGGUCUCUUUCUGUCUAUGUUGUGAUUUCUCGAACGAUAUUGAUCGAUGGGUCAGUUUUGCCAUUAGAAUGGGUGUUGAAAAGAUGUGUAUUAAAUUCUACUGUGAGAAAUACUGUUGCAAGAGAAGGGAUGAAGAGUUUGGUGGGCAAAGUGAAGAAAAAUAUAUUUUCAAGAGUGAGCUUUUUGAAGGGAAAUUAUGCUUUGGCUCAUUAGCUCUCCUGAAAUGUCUAUACAUUGCAAGUUAUACUUGGAGAGAUUUCGUUGCAUUGCAAGUGAAAGACAACUACACUGUUCUUAUGCUAAGGAAUAACUUUGUCAAGGCCUGUCAUAAGGCAAACUGCUUCUGUCGUGUUUUGCUGACCAAGCUGUUUGUGACUUUAUUUACUAUUUGGCUUUGCUUUUCCUUUGUCUCGGCUACGCAGAGGCGCUCUGCUCUACUUUGGGUCAACUAUGUCUAG